AGGUUAAAGUAAUCGGAAAAAUAAAUAUUUAUAUUUACAAAUAAGAAUAAUAACCGAAUUUAAACAAUAUGAAACAUAUUGUUAUAAUUACUUUCUAGUCUAUAAUUUUUAUUGAUUUCGUUAAUUAUAAUUUUAUCAUUUGUUGGUGGGUGGGGAGGCGGAAUUAUUGAUUUAUUUUUGACCUGUUGAGUGAAUGUUUAGAUUGCGCGGUUUAAUGAGUUCAAGAUCCCUUCUUGCUGAACACGAAGAACAAUCUGUUGGAUUAUUAUCAGUCAUGGAAGCCAGAGCUGAACACCAGAAAGUGAGACACUACCAAACGUUUUAUACCUUUACAACGUCCAUUGGUAUAGGUCUCAACAUAUUGGUCCUCUUUUGGAUAUUACAUUUCAGAGGCGGCUUUGCUUGGCAAUCAAAGCCAGCCUUAGAAUUCAAUUGGCAUCCUUUUCUAAUGACAUUGGGAAUGGUAUUUUUAUAUUCUCAAGCCAUGUUAACUUACAGAACUGGAAGGAAAUUUGAAAAGAAAUCUCUGAAACUCGUACAUGCAUCUUUGAAUUGUUUGGCUUUUAUUAUGUCUGUGAUUGGUUUGAAAGCUGUAUUCGAUUCUCAUAAUUUGACGAAUAACCCGAAUUUGUACACUCUUCAUUCCUGGAUUGGAUUGUCUACGGUUAUUGUGUUUUCUGCACAAUUUUUGGGAGGAUUCGUCAGCUUCCUAUAUCCAGGUCUUUCGCAAUCCUUCAGGAAAGCAAUUUUACCAGUGCAUGUAGCUUUUGGAACCAGUUGUUUCAUAGGUGCUAUGCUGGCAGCGGUAUCAGGACUUUUGGAAAAAGCAAUUUGGUCUUUGAAGGACGACUAUAAAGAAUUUACUAUUGAAGGUGUUGUCGUUAACCUCAUAGGUGUUUUUAUAGCUCUUUACGGUAUUUUGGUUUUAUAUUUGGUUAAUCAUGAUGAUUUUAAGAGAACCGCAUUGACUGAUGAUCAAAUUGGGUUGGAUAGAUCUGAUUAAAAUUAGUAUUAUGACGUUAUAAAGGAUUUAUUUGCAAGUAUACUUAGUCUCGAGAUCCUGUUUUAAAAUGCCUUCUACAUGUCAACAAACGAUAUGUACAAAUUUCCGUUUUAUCCCAUUACAUUGCUGUUACAUCUUUGUAGUAUGGUAUCUAUAAAACGUUUUAUUUUUUUUCGUAUUUAUUUUGAAAUGAGAUAUUUUAAGAAGAUAAAAGGUUGCAUUGUUGGGAAUUAUAUUGUCUCUAUUUCAGCUCUGUUAGAAUCUUGAUUUUCUUCAGAUUUUUCUUCCAUUAAGUCUUGGAUGAUAGACAGUUUCUUUUAGUUUUUCAAUCAUAUAUUUUUUGUUCUAUUUUCUUAGUAAUUGCAAUUUUAAUCUUCUACGCUUUCUCCUCUAGACAAAAAAAGAUUUAAAAUUAUUCAGAUACAGUCUACUGGUUAUAUUUACAGCAUUUUUUUGGCAAUCAACCUAAACAUGUAAAUUUCGGAGAUUCUAAAAUUAGUUUAGAUAUGUAUGUCUAAAUGAAUAAAAAAUGUAUUGCUAAAUCUGUAACAACAACAAUGAAUAAUGAUUGUUGAAAUAGAAAUAUAUACCGAAUGGGAAUGAAAUGUUUUCUUCUGGGAAAUUACGAUUUUCUUUUGUGACGUUAUUCCUGCAAGCAAUAUAAUAUACAGGGUGAAUCCUAAAUUGAUACUCCUCAUUAAAAUAAACACUUCUUAUGUAGCUAAAUUUUUCAUACACAAGUCCAAUCCCGGAUUAAGAUUUUCUUAAAUUCUGUGUCUUUCUUUGAAAAAUACAUCUAUACACAGUUAAAAAAGAAUCAAUUUAAGAUUCACUAUGUAUAGAGUGUUCGAUUUGUGUUGUACUAAACUUGCUAUCACAGAAAAUGUAAUAGGCUUAAAAACAAUUGAUGAAUAAUGCCAAAUAUAUUAAACACGGUGCUGAUAAUUGUAAUAACCUCAAUAUAUAAGGUGCUUAUGCUUUUGGUACAUUAUAUUCGUAUAGGAAGAAAAAUCCUGAACACGUCAUCUUUCUAUCAUAUUCUCAACUGUCAUACCUACGUCAUUCCUCUCGCCUGUUACUCUAACCAAUGCAAUUUAUAUAGAGAAAGUAUCAAGUAUGACACAUCAUUGAACAGGGAAUUUUAUGGGAAAUUCAGCAAGAUGUACCAAUUUAAUUUUUUUCAUUUCAAACUUUUUUUAUAUUAUUUGAAAUUGUCCUUUAAGAUUUUUGUGGAAAGACUAUUAUAACCCUAAGUUAUUACGGAUAAGAAUUAUAUAAAACAAUUAAGAAAUUACCAUCAGGUACCCCUUUAAUUAAUAACGAAUUACUUCUUUAACAGUUGCUGAAAGCAGGGCUGGUUUUAGAAUAUAUACACGAUAUUUAUGAAAUAUAAAGGAGUGCUUAUUUAACCAUUACAAUUGCGUUACUUUUGAUUUUAGCGCCCUCUAGCGGGAUAUGUAUCUGUAACAUUUGUUGCCUCUCCAAGACUAUUGAGCAUCUCUCUAGAUGUCAUACUUGGUACUUUCUCUAAUUAAUGACGUAUGACAGUUGAGGUUAUGCUACAAAGAUGUCCCUUUUCCAAUAAACUGAAGGGUUUUGGGAGAUAUUCAGGGUUUAAUAAAUCACCCCGUAUAUAUUUAUAGUAACAAUAAUCCUCCACAGUUAGACGACGAUAUAUGAUGGAGAUUUUGAUAGCACAAUGUUAACUAUUUAAAAAAAUGUAUUUUGACAAGUUUACAAAUUGUCUAGUCCUAAUUUAUACCUUUUUUGUCCAUUUUUUUUCUGUCCAUCGUUACAAAUAUUCGAGGCAAAGUCUCUAUGUUGUUUUAUCAUUUUAUAAACUGUUAAAUGUUUAUAAAUUUAUCAAUUUCAAAGGGUGCUUUUUUUAAUUUACUUAAAUUUUUAUGUGAU